AUGAAGACAGCCUUCGCCGCCCUCAUCAUCUCCCUGACGUCCUUCGUCAGCGCCUACCCCAUCACCGGCGACGUCGUCAACUGCCGCACCGGCCCAGGCACAAGCUACGCCAUCAAGACCUCGUACAAGAAGAGCCACGACAUCUCCAUCAGCUGCCAGACGACGGGCACCAGCGUCAACGGCAACAACAUCUGGGACAAGACGGCCGACGGCUGCUACGUCGCCGACUACUACGUCAAGACGGGCUCCAGCGGCUACGUCACCAAAAAGUGCAGUGCCUCGUCUGGCGGCGGCUCGUCGUCGAGCUACUGUAAAACCGUCAACGGCGCGGGUGUCGAUCUGAUAGCCAAGUGGGAGGGCUUCGUCGCGAGUCCCAAGCCCGAUCCCAUCGGCCUGCCCACGGUCGGCUACGGCCAUCUGUGUCAGCAGAAGAACUGCGCCGAGGUCAAGUACAAGUUCCCCCUGACCAAGACGACGGCCAAGGAGCUGCUGCUGGACGACCUGCCCAAGUACACAAAGUGCCUGGCCGAGUCCCUCAACGGCAAGGCGAAGCUCAACGACAACCAGUGGGCAGCCCUGUCCUCCUGGGUCUUCAACGUGGGAUGCGGCAACGCCAAGACGUCGACUCUCGUCAAGCGUCUCAACAACGGCGAAGCGCCCAACACCGUGGCGGCGGAGGAGCUCCCCAAGUGGCGCAUGGCAGGAGGACAGGUGAUGCCGGGUCUCGAGGCGCGCCGCAAGGACGAGGUCAAGCUGUUCAAGACGGCGUCUUCCAAGGAGGCGUACCCAAAGUGCCAGGCAUAA